AUGGCCACCGACGGCGGCAGUGGAUGCUCCGUGCUCCUGCUUGCGCUGGCCCUCGCCGUGGAAGGCAAGGAACGAAAGAACAAGCGACAAUGCGAGCCCAACUAUCUCACUAGGUUUAUCGGAGAUACCGGGGCCGCCAGGCCCCGCGGGAAACAGGCACGAGAUCUGAAAGGACGGAGUCAUCGUCUGCAUCAUGGACUCAGACGAGCGAAGGCGUCUCAUCCAAGAAGCAAUUUCCCGCUGUACUUUCCCGCCGAGUAUAGUGUACCCUGA